AUUAGUUCAUUCAAACCAGCAACAAAAACUAACGAAUGAGAGAAGGGGAUCCCAAAACUACUACCGCAAGCGGGUCAGGAAACACCUCCUUUUUCUGUGGUCGCGACACAGGCCAACACUUCAUCCUGGUUUCAGAUUCAGGUCAGGCCAUCGCGGUCGUGGGGAAAGUCUUUUACAUUGCAGUUCCUAAAUAUAACUGCAGAUGGGGAUAUAUAAAAUGCUGUUAUGAACCCUGUCAUUAUCAUAAUUUCUUGACGACUACAGCCUUCAAAACAUUGUUAUAGGUACUGAAUUGUGAAUUUUGAUUUGACGAAUACAACGCAACAUAAACAUAACCGUUUCAAAUCCUUUGUGUCUCUGCAUCAAAAACAGGAUCAAAAAUGUUCUCAGUCUCCACAAAGUACGUCUCACUAGCCAUCGCGGCUAUCUUCAGCGUAGUUGGGAUCGCUCUGGCAAGUCCAGUGUCACAACCAACGAUCGACAACCCUUGUCGGAUAACAAGCUCUGCUCCUCCCGAGUAUCUGUCCUUGCAAGAGGAGAUUGCUCUCACAGUGAACGUGUUCGAGACUUUGAGGUCAAGCUGUGAGGCUGGUAUGACUACUAUCACUACUGAAAAUCUGCUGAGCAGUGGUGAAAUCAACGUGUUAAUGGAUGACCCAAUGUACAAUCUGCCGGGGCUACCGUUGGCCACAGCUACUAGAAACAUCAGUGAAGAAAAUAUGGCAAGAAUAUUGCUCGAGGACUACCACGAUGUGUCGGUGUUUACAGUUUUCGCUCAACAAGUCUACGAGGAGGAAGACGGAAAUGAAGUCCUGAAAGCUGACCUGCUGAGGGUCAAGCAUUACUUCUACUCCGUUUUGUGCAAGCUGGACACAAUCAUGCGUACAAGCAACAGUCCUGUCACAGAGUUUGUUUGUUCUGAUGUGAUGCCUGAUUCGCUGAAAAAUAUCGCAUCUGAUAAAUACAGAUAUCAGCGGGCAUUCUUGUUGUUAAACAGUGCAAAGAAGCACAUUGAAGCUCUAUCUAAAGACUAUGGAAAACUACGGGAAAAUGUCUCCACUGCUUAGAAUGCAUGAAAGGCCAUAAACACAAUAGUUACCAUCAUAUUUUGAUAAACAUUUGUACAGCUUUAACAGAAGCGCCUCCAGUGAUUGAAAGCUUGCAUAUACGUCUUAUUUUAUCUGUAAUAAAAUUGUGGCAAUAUUUGUGUUUCCCUUUCAAAGAUCUAAAUUUUAAUUGUAAGCCACUUUUAAUGAGUUAUCAUUAUUAUCUUGAUUGUCUUUUAAUUCAUGGCUCGUCUGCAUGUACAUAAGGCACUGUCUCAUGUAUUUUUGUCAACAUCAAUACUUUGUAAUCUGAUAGAUAUCAAAACAUAUGUGAUAUAUUAUUUUUUAUGCAUGAAAAGUUUAUACUAUCUCUUUCGCCGUAUUAGUUAUAUAAAGACCAUAACUUAUUUAAUUGUUUUCUGUAACCAUCAACACAAUAACUGUCUCAUAACAUUGUUCAUUCUUCUUUAUUCUGAUCCCUUGAUCCCUUGUUUAUAAUGUACUAUACUUUCUCUUUUUCAACAUUCUAAUUUAUUUCUUUUAUACAAAGAUAGACAAGAAGCAUUUCGCAAAACAUAUAAAAUACGGUUUCCAGUUACUUGUAAGGAGAAAAGUAUUUUAAAAAUCAAAACUGGGGGCAUCGACAGAUCCCUUUUUGUCUGUCCCUGUCGUUUUAUGCACACAAAAAAAAAAUGAAAUUAUGCAAAAUG